AUGGCCUUGCAAAGUUCUUCCGAGAUCACGCAAAGCCACAACAUCACCAUCCGAGGCAAAAAAGACAUGGAUAAAUAUCCGGCCAAAGCACACGCACACAGGAUCGCGGAAGAGCUUCAAGUUCAUGAUGGUUUAAUCGUCCUGUCAGCGACCAAGAGUUCCGAUCUGCCGAACUCCGAUAUGCCGGCACCAUUCCGCCAAGAUAGAUAUUUCUAUUACCUUACCGGUUGCAACGAGCCAAACUGCCACGUUGUCUACGAUAUCAAGAAUGACAAGCUCACUCUUUGGCUCCCCCCUGUGGACAAGGACUGGAGGCAUGUCGUCUUCUAUGGCAACGGGAGUACUACCGAAGAAGCACAGGAGAAGUACGAUAUAGACGAGGCGCAGUACUUGCAGGACUUCAAUGGCCCCGUGGCUUCCGAUCUUGAGAAAUUUGGUGAGGAGCCCGUUGACUCCAUUGACCGAUCGGGAAUGAGAGAUAUCUGGACGACGCUUAAAUCCUUAGGACUUUGUUGCCACUAUGGAAGCGGUCAGGGUCACGCAGACCAAAAGCAGACUUGUCUUUUCUCCUUUCAUGCUGAAUUUCUCCUCAGCGGCCCUCGCCAUUGGCAGAAAUACGACAAACUCUCUCUGAUCGGUGCCAGUAGUACUCUCAAGCAAGCAAUCGAUACGUGUCGCGUCAUCAAGGACCAGUACGAGAUCGAACGCAUUCGCAGAGCAAAUGAAAUCACUGCUGAAGCACAUACGAGUGUGCUACGGGGUAUGCAUACAUUCGAUAACGAAGCACAAGUUGACGCAGCAUAUAUGCAAGUCUGCAUCGCCCGGCGUGCGAAGGCGCAAGCGUACGAUCCUAUUGUUGGCUCGGGACCAAACGCCACUGUCUUGCACUAUUCCGAAAAUCUGGCAAAUUUUGGUGAAGGGCAGACUAUAGUCCUGGAUGCUGGCUGCGAGGUCGAAUGCUAUGCAUCAGAUGUCACCCGCACUAUUCCCAUCAAUAGGCGCAAUGCUGGAACGUGGCCAUCCAAAGAAGCCGAGGACAUAUACCUGCUGGUCGAGAAGAUCCAGGAAUCUUGCAUUCGGCAGAUGUUGCCGGGCAACAAGUUCCUCAACACUACAUGGCAUGCACAUGAGAUGGUCAUUGAGGGUCUCCGGCGUCUGGGAAUUCUCAAGGGUGAUCUCCAAGAGAUCUUUCAUGCCGGAGUCUCCACAGCAUUCCUUCCCCACGGUCUUGGACAUCAUGUUGGCCUGGAAGUGCACGAUGUCUCCCCAGUGCCUCAUCCUCCUCUUGUAUCUGCGGAGGAGGAACACAUCCAGCGCUUUCGAAAAUCUUACGCAGAGUAUAAGCCCUAUGCUGCAAGCCACGUGCAGAGGCUCAGCAAAGCUGAGCAUUUCUCGCUCCACUCCUGGGGUCACGGCACAGUAGAAAGUGUCGACGCCCCUGUUCUCGAGCCUGGAAUGGUCGUCACCGUCGAGCCUGGAAUCUACUUUAAUGCGUUCGUGCUGGAGCGAUUCCUGAAAGACCCGCAGAAGUCGAAGUUUGUGGAUAGGAAGGUCUUACAACGCUACAUUCCAGUGGGCGGUGUCAGGAUUGAAGACGACAUCCUGAUCACCAAGCAUGGUUAUGAGAAUCUCACGACGGCACCAAAAGGCGAAGCUAUGCUGAAGGUGAUCCAAGAAGCCAGCAAGGUCCGUCAGCUGGAGGCGUCCCAGUUCUAA